CAAGCGGGCAGUGAAAAUGAGUGUGAGUGAAUAAUAAUAAUAAUAAUACUAAUAAUAACCAGAGGUCAGCGUCCUGAUGUGAGCUGCGGCAGAGGCUCAGGUUUGAAGGAAGCGAUGAAGGUGUGAAAAGACACGCGUGUCCGUGGAAGCGCUCCGGUUCCCGCGCCCUGUAACCGGAGACUCUCCCACGGGUGCGCGGACCGGGAGGCGGGUCCACGGGGCAGGAACACGCUGGAGGCUCUGCGCUCCGCCGCUGUCCGAGAUCGGAGUGCAUGUGUGUGUAUGUGUGUAUGUGUGUGUGUGUGUGUGUGUGUGUAUGUGUGGGGGGUAUGGAGCCCUGGGUGAUCGCCGUGCUUCUCGUGGUCGUGCGGUUCUCUUUCAUCUGCGGAUACGAAGGAUCCGGUUUCACUGCCCAUGGAGACGACGAGGACUCUUACGCUCGCAGAUACAAAGGAACCCCCUGGUGCGCUCCCCUCAAAGUGAAACACGGCCAUGCGAGCUGCCGCACGCCGCGGGGGGAGUACUACAAGAACGUGCUGAGCACCCGCUGCAAGAUCCACUGCAAGAAGGGCUACGAGGUUGAGGGCCACCAUGAGGUCCUGUGCAUGGCUAACAGGCGCUGGUCCGGGAACUACGCGUGUCGGGAGAUCCGCUGCCCGAAGCUGUCCAUGCCAGCCAACGGGGGCUUCAAGUGCUCCGACGGCUCGUACUUCAACUCCAGGUGCGAGUUCUUCUGUUCGCCGGGCUACACGCUGAAGGGCGAGCGCACGGUCACCUGCAUGAGCGGCAAGACCUGGAACGGGGGCCAGAGCACCUGUGUGGACAUCGAUCCUCCCAAGAUCAAGUGUCCCAAUGUGAGGGACAAAACAGCAGAGCCUGGGAAGCUGACGGUGCGGGUGACCUGGGAUACGCCGGAGGGCAAGGACACGGCCGACGGCAUCCUCACAGACGUGAUCUUGAAAGGGAAACCUCCGGGCUCUCACUUUCCAGAGGGCGACCACAAGAUUUCCUACACCGUGUACGACCGCGCCGGGAACAAGGGCUCCUGCAGGUUCUCGAUCCGGGUUCGAGUGCGGCGGUGUACCCCGCUGACCCCCCCGGACAACGGCUACAUGAAGUGCGACAGCGACGGGGACAACUAUGGCGCCACCUGCGAGUUCUUCUGCUUGGGCGGGUUCGAGCUACAGGGCAGCAAGGCCCGCGUGUGCCAGUCCAGCAUGACGUGGGCCGGCGCCGAGACCACCUGCAUACCCAUGAACAUCAACGUGGGCGUCCGCACAGCUGCUGCCCUUCUGGACCAGUUCUAUGAGAAGCGCCGCGUGCUCAUUGUCUCCGCCCCCACGGCCGCCAAUCACUACUACAGGUUUCAGAUGGACAACCUGCAGCAUGCCCAGUGUGGACUGGACCUGAGGCAUGUGACGGUGAUCGAGUUGGUCGGGAUCUACCCAGCACAGAUCGGCCGCAUCCGACACCGGCUCAUCCCCCCCGGACUGGCCCUGCAGCUCAGGCUCUUGCUCCAGAUCUCCCACAACAGCUACAACAUGGUGCUGAUAGACAAGCAGGGCAUCGACAAGAUGCGCUACACCUUCCCUAUCACGGCAGCUGAGCUCUUCGCAACCAUCGACACCUUCCCCCUGCGCAAGGAGGAGAUGCUGUUGCAGCAGGAGGCCGGCCAGACCUGCCAGUCCUAAAGUGCUGACCCGCUGGUCACCCUGCAUGAUGGUCCCAACUACUCUAAGGGGUGGGGGGUCUGUGGGCCUCCGUUGCCCUGCAGGACAGAAGAGCACUCAGUGCGGCAGAGCCCAAGGGUAAUACAGAGGUGCGGUGUAGACAUGCUGUGGUUCGACCCAACCGAAGGCCUCCUUUGUCACAGGAGUCAUUCCCUGUUUUCACAGUUUCCUUUCUUGACUUUUCUCUCUCUCCAUGGACAUCGCACAAACCCCUGGCAAUUAACACUCGAUCAAAAAGGACUCUGGGCACUCAGCAUGUGUGAUCCAUACCUGUUCUUUUCUAUGGUUAAUUUUUUCUCGGUUUAUAAACGGGCGAAAAAAUUUUUUUCUUAUGGUUUUUACCGUUGUGGUUCUCAGAGAAGCAACUUGAAAGUGCCACAGUUUUUUUUUCUUUUUUUUUUUUUUUUAUAAAGUAUUUAUAUUUCUGCCUAUCGAAGCUUCCCCGACCUUCUGGGGUACUUUAAAUUAUAUCGUUGGAAUCCUGGUUCUGCCUUCUUCUGGCACAACAGUAUUUGCCUGAGAUGAGCAAAUAGGGUUCAUAGUAAAUGUUUGCAGUGUGAUGUAAUGCAUGUUAGUGGCCUGGAAAGAUGCGAACAAACAGUGAAAACACGUACGGUGCUAUACAUUAGUUUGGCUGUGUAAAUACAUUUAACCUUGACAAGUAAAAUGUAAAGAACCUUUUCUUGUAAACUCGCUCAUAUUGCUGUUUAUCUCAUGUUUUUCAUACCCCUUACAAAUAGCCUACAGUGUUUAUAAUUUUAUAGCGAGUCAUUUUAAAGUGAGUUACAUGCUUGGGGAUGAAACCUUUUUUAAUUUAGUGAAAAUACUCGAAUAACAGAGAACAAAAAGAAAAAAAUACACUUUAUAUGUUCUUGAUUCCAUGUUAUCUGAUUGAUUUCUUUUAAAAACACAACACGUCUGUAACAUCUGUAGACUAGCAGAAUAUUGCACUUCAUUUCAUACACAGGAGACAGUUGGCGGAUGAACUGAAGUUAAAUAGACAGUAUACGUCUGUGGAUAUUUGCAAAUUAAAUUGCACGAGAGCAUGACGUCACAAAACAUCAAAAUAUAUUCUAUAAUGCUGAGCAAACAUCAUGCCAGUUGUAAGUAUAUUUCUGAACUUGUUCUAUUCACUUGAACAGUGACAUUUCAGAGACAUGAGUAAAUGCCAUUUCCAAAGCUAAAUCUUCAAGGUUCAUCUUUAAAAUGUCCCAUUAAUGUCUUAAAUACAAUCACAUGUUUUCAUGACAUAUUGUAAAUGACACGACAGCUAUCAAGCAAACAUAUGAUGAGGCUUUCAUACUUUAAACCAGCAAAAUAACAGUCCAAAAAAUAAAAUUCUGUUUUUUAGGUAUUGGAAAAAAAACCAUAAAGUAGACAAGGUUGACUGAGGUUUGAUUCUGAAGUCUUUUAAAGGGUUGUACCUCAAGCGACAAAGCCGUUGAAAUGCGAGCAAUGGUAAAAAAAAAAAGAAAAA